AUGACAACUGACUCCACAAAGCCGUCUAACCUACCGAAUCUCCGCCGUCUGUUUGUCGAGGCACGCACUGACGCAGAAGAGAGCGAGUACUCCAGAAACGCUUUCUACAAUCUGGUUAUAUUCAUGUCGUCAAUCGCUGGAUUCAGUCUCGUCGCUCAGCGCAUGAUGAUCAGCAAGACUGCUCAUGGAUGA